AUGGCAGAGGUACGCUUCCGAGUCCGAGGCCCCGACUGGACCGAGACUGUCAGUCUGGCCGAGGACAAGACCUUUGAGGAGCUCGAGCAAUGGAUCACUGCCAAGCGCGACGUCAAGGAUUUCCAACUCAAGUACGGAUUUCCCCCGAAGACCAUCGACUCGACCGCGAAGGGAGUCACCCUGAAGGAGCUCAAGCUCAAGGGCGAGACUCUGACCCUCGUCCCAGCCCAGUCUACUUCAUCCGCAGGGUCGGGAAGCUCUACAGCUACCUCACAGCCUCCGAUCGCGAUGCCCGCUCCUCAGCGAGCAGAGAGCUUCAAACCCAAGCCAGUCGAUGCGGAAGACAGCGAUCUGGAGUGGCCCGAUAGAAAGGGCUAUCUUGUUCUUCGUGUCAUGCCUGACGACAACUCCUGCCUGUUCACCGCAUUCGGUGGCGUCAUACCUCUGGAGGACCCUGCUGCCGUGUUGCGGCAGAAGGUUGCAAACUACAUUCUUGAGCACAAGGACAAAUACAAUAAGGUUGUCUUGGAGGAUGAUCCUGAGAUCUACGCUCGGAGAAUCCAGCAGCCUGAGAAUUGGGGAGGUGCUAUUGAACUCGGUAUCCUGUCAGAUAUCUACAACAUUGAGAUCUGCUCUAUUGACGUCAAGACUCUCCGCGUAGACCGUUUCGGAGAGCGCAAAGGCGAGAGAUGCAUACUCGUGUAUUCGGGUAUUCACUACGAUCGCAUUGCGUACACCUCGGCACUGGAUCUGCCCGUUGAGUAUGAUGUGGUGAAGUGGCCCACCGACGACGAGAAGGUCGUCGAGAAGGCGCGCGAGGUGUGCAAGAAAUUGCAGGAGAAGCACUAUUUCACCGAUGUUCACGAUAUGGUGACCCAGUGCAAGGUUCCUGGCUGUGGCUGGAUUGGUCAAGGACAGAAGUCUAUCUUGGAUCAUACGAAGACGACAGGUCAUUCUUCGUUUGGCGAGCUGUUGCUCGACGGAUAG